AUGGACACCGCCAGUAUAAGGAUAGAUGCUUCGUUGUUGCAAGAGAACGAAGGCAAGAUAGUUCGCAUUAUGGGCAAUUGUCAGUCUUUUGACGCGCCAGCAAGACACGCGUUACUUGAAGCAAAUGGAACUGUCAACUUGAAGUUGGUGUCUGACGAGACCUUGAGUGUUGGAAAAAACUACGAAAUUAUCGGCAAAGUCGGAGAUGGCCAGCUGGUUCAAACGUAUUCGGUGGUUGAAUUAUCGGACAAUGUCAACUUGCAAAUGGCUUCAAAACUAGUACAAUAUAUGAAGAAGGUGCCUGAGUUAUAUAUAUAA